CGCAGUAUUCCUGGAAUCCCACCCUUCAGUCGAGAGGUUGGGAAUGGUCAACACCGCUGAACCGUGAGGGAACCGGGAUUUAUACAACGGCAAGAGCCUGGAUUUACUGGAUAAUCAACCAUAAACAACACUGAACAAACAUCCAACCCUGUACCAGAGGGCUCCUCCGUGCGCGUUGCCUCCCAGGAUGUUAAGCUUGGUGUUACAGUAGUGGAGAGGACCAUCGCAUUUAGGUCAACAAUCAGUGGCUCACCCUCCUGCCAAUCAUGUCUUACUUAAGCAUCAGUUCCUCAUCCAAACCUCACCGCAGCUUCGUCUGGUUUAUCUGUGUUCUUCUCAGCUUCUGUGCUCUUAACACUUAUGGCAAAAUUGUCCUUACUGUCCCGGAGCAAGUGAGCCUUUCCCCAGACAUGCCUACACAGAAGCUGUCUAUAUCCUGGUUGGGAGGAGCAGCCACAACCUUUGACCUCAUCAUUUUAAGGACAGAAUUCAAUGAAACCGUCUUCUACGACACAGUGUCUGCGAUAGUGAAUCAUGAUAGUGGUCGGCACCAGUGGAACUGGACUUCUGUUGAACCUCUGGAAUGUACAUCACUGUCAGUCAAGGUCCGCUCAAGAGAUGGACAAGCAACAAGUGGAUGGAGCGAGACUCAAAUACUUCAGGGAAGAGAUCUCCCUAUCAACCCGGACAUUCAGGUCUAUCCCAAGAGCAGAACCAUACCUGUGGGAGCCAACACAACUUUCUGCUGCAUUAUGGGAGAGGGAAAGUUUUUUAAGGGCAUCUCCUAUGGCAACAAAGCUAUGGAUGUUACACGACUGAGUCGACGGACUUAUGCUACUACAGCGUUUCAUCAGGGACCAUCUCAAACCUCUGGAGCCAACAUUCUUUGUACUUCAACCAUCAAAAACGACCUGUCUGGAGUAGUCGUGUUUGUUGGAUAUCCGCCACUACUCAAGGAUUUCGCGUGCGAGACUCGUGACUUGAUCACAGCUGUGUGCCAGUGGAAAGAAGCACGAAACACUCUCCUGUAUGGAAAACGACGAACACGCUACUCGCUGAACAAGAGGAACUGCAACGACAGCUCACAGCUGACGUGCAGUCUGCCUCGCUGGGACAGAAACCUGACACUGGUGGCUGAGAAUCCUCUCGGCCGUUACAGCCUCUCUGACUCAGCUGAACUUAGUCACAGAGUGUGUCCAGUAGCACCAGUUGAAGUCGACGCUCCUGACGAUGGCAUCAAUGCCUGGAAUGCCACUGUGCAGUGGCAGUGGACGUACAGCAGCUAUUCCUCCCUGGCCCUUGUCUGCCAGGUAGAGUUGGACAACAGCGGGCUCAAGACAAAGCGUGUCUUCACUGGUGUGGGUCUUCAGUCUGCGUUUCUGUCAGACCUACAUCCUGAUGAGGAAUACAGUGUUCGCGUCCACUGUGGAGCCCAGAAGAAUUUCUGGAAGUGGGGAUUUUGGAGCAAACCGUUUUCCUUCACAACAAAAACCUACGUUCCAGAUGCCCCCGACGUGUGGAUGUGGAUGAACAAAGACAACACCGGACUUGUUGUUUGGAAGCUUUUGACUCGACAACAGAGCCACGGUCAUAUCACGGGAUAUGAAGUUACUCUCUGGAAUCCUGAGGAAAAUCUACAGCACACAGAAGUCGUUCCACCUGAUACUCACUCCGUACGAGUCAACCUCACACAAAUGUCCUCCUUCAGCAGUGACGCAACAGUCAUAGCAACCGUCAUUGCAAAGAGCUAUAAAGGAGCAUCUCCAACAGCAAGUGUACCUCUGCGUUCGAAUGAUGUGGAACCUCCUAAUUCGUCCAGAACGGUUUAUACAAACAGUGGUUUUUCCCUGUUCUGGCAACGCAACGACAGCAGCUCUUGUAGUUAUGUGGUGGAAUGGUACGAUGCAUCAUGCGCGGCUGACUGUCCAGUGGAGUGGCUCCGUGUGGCUGCUGGAAGUACCAAUGUCUCCAUUGAGUCAGCCAACUUCCAGCCUGGUGUGAGAUACAACUUUUCCCUCAAGAGCUGCCCUUCAGAUUCCCUUCAGUUAAUGGAGAGAUGGCAGGGAUACACGCAGGAGCUUGUGCCCUCCAGUCCUGUCCAUCUGAGAAUCAGCCGGGACUAUUCCAGUGUCAUCCUUACCUGGGAGGAGAUCCCACUAGUUGACAGAAGAGGCUUCCUCCUGGGCUACAAUGUUUACAUCAACAAUGGUUCCCAGCUCACACUGCUUGCAAAUCUGUCAGACCUUGGGAUGAGGAAAUAUGCUGUAAAAGGUCUGUCUGAAGGAGUCUAUAAAUUUACGGUGAAGGCAUACACGUCGGCAGGCGAGGACACGGGCGCCACUGUCUCUAUCACAAUGGAGCCACGCGCAGAAGGAUUAAUCCUGGAAAUGUUGGCAACUUUGGGAAUCGUAACCAUAUUGCUGCUCACUGUUACCUUCAUUUGCUUCAAGAAAAGAAAAUGGGUGAAAAAGGCAUUCUAUCCAGACAUACCUGAGCCCAAGCUGCCCACUGAUUGGUCAAGGACACAGGGCCCUCUGGAUAUAAAGCCAGCUCGCCACAGUAUGGUCCACAUCGUAGAAAAGCCUGAGCGUGAUUCUAGUAAAGAAAUGCUUGUAGUCAUUCCUGAAGAAGAUGAGGAUUAUGAUGGGCAGGGGAUAGAAGAUGAAUCAGUUGACACAGACGAGCCUCUGGCAUUGCGCUACUACAACCAAGUGGUGGAUGAUCGCCCCAUAAGACCACGUUUUCCAGACUCCUCUGUCUCUUCUGCAUCUUCUUUGGAUUCAGCACACACCGACGUGACAUACACAGGGAUCCAGACCUCAGGUUCUUCUUUGGUCUUCCAGCCGGAUCCACAGGGCUCUUGUGGGGACGGCUCUGCCAGCUUUGGCGAUGGAGCCGGGGGUUACCGGCCCCAGAUGAAUCCUAAACCCUUGAGUGAUGAGAUGGGCCUGGAUUCUCCAGAGCCGUUCUUAGAACCCCAGGUUUCUAGCUCUGGGGGUUACAAACCCCAGACAUCUUGGCAUUUAGACUCUCCUACUGAGGCCUGUGACAGGAGCAGCUUAGCCCCCUCUCUUGGAUCACCCACCUCUAUUGCUUCCACUCAGUUUCUCCUGCCUGAUGGAGAGGAACACGCAGAAGAGAAACGACAGCUUUCGUCAGCGGCGGCAACCUGGUUCUCCAACCUACUGUCAUCCACAAAACCAUGAUAUCAUCUCAUUGUCCCUGUUAGCAGCCAUAGUUUUAUGGGUUUAACAUUAAUUGUUAUUUCCUUUUGUGAUUGUCGUAUUUCAACAACUCUGACUUAAACAUGGCUUUAAUGAUAUCCCCUCCAGUGCAGCACUACACUGUUAAAACCCCUAUUCUGACAGCAGGUCAUUAAUUCUUUUUAAGGUGUUUACAUCAAACAGAAAUGCAUAUUUAAUUAUUUCCAUUUCCAUACUUAUAGUAUAAAUCAAAAUAUGUACAUUUGUAUAUAUACAUAUAUAUGAAAUAGUCUAUUCUAAAAAGGAUUAUCCUCAGAAGAUGUAUUCUUUGUUAAUACCAUAACUGAACGCAUCCCCAGGUUACCUGGCGACUGUUGGAUCCCCUCACGGCCUUUUUCUGCGCCAUGUUGCAAUGGGCAUUUCACCAUGACAUAUCCUGUGUUUUAGCUGAGUAUGUCCAAUUUAUAGCUUGCAUUUCAGAUGUUUUUAAAAUAGCUGAACAUUGAAAAACACGUAAAGGUUGAGACAAUUUUGAGGACGCUACAAAGUAUCAGCUAAAUUUCCUGUCCAAUACGUUCAAUGAUGUUGAUCCACUGUUGGGGUAAUCUUGGCUGCUGAAAGCUGAUGAGCCACUGAAAGAAAAUAUGCCUCUUGGCUGUAAGAAAUUAUUGGAAAGGUGCGAUCACUUAGAUCAGUACCAAGGUAGCUCCCAUUCUUACUGACAUGAUGGUUUUUUUCUCACACUACUGUCUAAUACAGCGAGAUGUUAAUUGAAAGAUACACUUCUGAAAGAGAUCUCCUACUCUACCACACAGAUACAGGAGUGGUGCUUUCUACUAUGGUCUGGAAAUGCAUGGGUGGUGAACCCAUCAGAUAUACACUAAUAUAAGCUAGAACAUAAACAUAGACUGAUGUAAUCUAACACACUAUUGUUACGUUUGAGUGUCUUUGUUUUGUUGACCAGAAGAGUUUAUUUUUUAUUAUCGUUUUCUUGUUAAGAAACACAUUUUACCGUCAGGCCAGUGCCCUUUUUUUAUUUUUUAAAGCUUUGCUGUUUAUUGUGAAAAUGGUGAUUGGUGUAUAACGUUUUUGAUUUGCAGAACUUACGUUUAUGGGUAAUUACAGUGGCUAAAUAGCCUAGACAAGCAUAAUGCUUCCAGUCAUUUUAACCAUAUCACCUUUUGACUAUCUUUGUGAAAAAUCAAGAUGCUGCAGUAAUGCAAUUCACAAAUAAUCUGAAAGGCAUUGAGUGAAUGCAAAGAAGUCAUUGCUUCAUUUUGAUAUUUGAGCCCCAAGUCUUCACUGCGUUUUCAAUCUUUAUCUUUUGAAUGCAAAAGCCACCGUUGAGUUUUAUGGUUGGGGAAAGGGACCAAGGGGAAAGCAUGUAUUGGGAAAUGAUUUUUCACACCAUCAUGAAGUUUUUUUUUUUUUUUAAUAUGUAGGGCAAUUACUUUACUUUAGCUACUUGGUAGCAGUUGAGUUUCCCCAAAAACAUGAUCAUUGUUUCCUGGGUAUUAUGCGUUUUCAGAACGCACCACUGGCAUGGACAAAAGCAUCAGAAUGCACAGUCCAUCCUUUGAUACACUUCUCCGGUGGUCCCAGUCCUUUAUUUUAUGGUAUGUUUUGAGUCAGGGCAGGGCUUGCCUGUGUGGCAGUUUGUGUUAUAAUAUUUUGUAAGUGCCUCCAGCCAACAAGCUUUAAGUAAAACUACUGUGACGUGGAAAGAUGACUGACCAUUAACCAUGUUGGAGGUCUUUAAAGAUGAACUGGUUACUGGUACAGUCCAUUAUGACAACAAAGAAAAAUAUAACUUUGUUUUCUUUGACUUGUAAAGCAAAUCUGAAUUUUGAGUUGUUUAUUUGAGGUUAAAAAAAAACUUUGGAGAUAUUAGUAUUUGAUUCAAAGUAAUUGUAAAGAACUCUAAGUAUCUAGUUUUAAGUGUCUAAAAAUGGCUGCACAUUGUUUUUUGUUAUUUGAAGUGUGCUUUCUUAAACAAGUGUGACUUUUCAGAUAUGUUACAUGAUUUUUUUUUUAAGAUAAAUAUAUUUGCACAUCUUUUCUCAAUUCCUUUAUGCAACUAACUGUACAUAAAUAUUUAGAUUCUUGUUUCUUUCUUACAUUACAAAAUGUUACUUUUUAUUAAGAUGAGAUUAUUCCACAGAACAUAAUGCUGACUAACCAGUUGUUUUUUUUAAUGUAAAUGCUUGUAAUUGUGAUACCACAUAGUCUAUCAAAAUGUGUAUUUGAUGUGAGCUGAAACACAUGAAAAGUCCUUCUGAAAUAUCAUGUUUAUUGAAUUAAGAAUGCUCUUGACUUCAGCCAUCUUUACAUUUUAUCACAGCUGUGUUGCUUCGCCAGAGACUUAAACCAUUUUGAGUUAUGCAAAGGAACUCCUGGCAUGUUUUUGUCUGGUUUUGUUUUUUCCCCCUUCUCCUGUAAACAUUAUGCAGGGCUGUCAAGCAAAUCUUCAUCUCUGGCCCAGGAUAUUUUUGUGAAAUUGAUGCAUGCUGUAUAAGAUAUUGCUUUGGAAAAAACAAAGUGGCUUGUAAACUUUUCAAUUCCUUAAUUAGGGCCCGAGCACCUACAGUGCGAAGGCCCUAUUGUAUCUUUCUGUUUUACCAUGGAUUAAUUAACACUAGCACUGACUAACCCAUUGCAUGAUAACAUGAAUGUGUGAAUCAGCCAAAUGCUUUUCUCCCUCAAAGUUCAGUAGAAUUUACAGUAUUUUGCAGAUUGUGAGAUUAUUUUAUUACUUCGGAAACUGAACAGAUCAUACAUUUCUUCCUGGUGAAUGCAUAAUGUUAACAGUGAUAAUGCAAAUUACUGUGAUGAUAAUAUACCUGUUUGAUGGCAAUAAAGUGAUUUGUCUGGCCACUUAA